UCGAUUGCUAGUAGAUACAGUUGUCUUUUAAAAUACAAGUGGCAUAUAGGGAUCGAAUUGAUGCUAUGUGGAUACAUUAUUCGGUUCUGAAUAGUUAAAUUGGCAACGUGUCAACUUUACAAUGGCUUCCAUUUAUUACGAUUGGAAAAAAUGAAUGGCGUUCUUGGGAGUUAGUUUUGGAAAAGUAACAUGCCGACUGAACUAACAGCGUUUCAGUCAAUACAAUAGCCCACAAAAGUUAAAGUAAUAUGUGGUUUUGUCGGCGAAAAUCCAUCAGAAGACAUUUGGUGAACACUUUUGAUUUGGAUUUGAAAAAUAGAAAUUCCAUCUUCAAUUUGAUAAUUCUGAGAAAAAACUUCCCCAACAUUAGAAUCUUAAUUAGCAAUUUGUGUCUAUGCAAUUUGUAAAUCAACUCAACCAAAGAUACACAAGAACAAUUUUAAACGUUCAUUAUGUGUAUAACCUCGUAACCAAACGAUUAUAAUUAUUAGCAGUUUUGUUACUUUGUAAAUAGUUACCUAUGAAGCACUAGUAUACUUUAAAGUCACAUUAACGUGUACACAUUUUUUCUUCAAAUUUAAUUUGUCAGCUAUCUCAUAUUUGAUCAAUAUAUGAUCAUUUAAAUCCUUUGUGUCUUUGUUUAAAUACCCCCAAAACUUAUACCAAAUGUGCAAUUUGAUAGUUUAAAUUUAUGUAUAUCCGUAAUGGCGGCACAACCACCACCCUAUGGCCAACCUCCUGGUGAACAUGGUCCGCCACCUGCAGGACCAUAUCCACCUCCACCUGGACAUCCACCCGGUGGAUAUGGUCCACCACCACCAGGAGGAUACGGUCCACCACAAGGGGGAUAUGGACCUCCUCCUCCAGGAUAUGGACAUCCAGGACCCGGAUAUGGAUAUGGAGGUCCUCCUCCUAUGCAGCAGCAGCAGCAACAACAAACAACAGUAGUGAUGGCUGGAGGUCCAUCCCAUACUGUUAUACAUCAGGCCAGGAAAGAAAAAUUUUCCGAUCAAAUCUGUCUGAACUGCGUUAUAACAUUAUUUUUCCCAUUUUGGAUAUUCAUCUGGAUAAUAAUGUGUAUUGUUGAGUGAAGUAAACAAAGAAGAGGACCUGACACAACUUUCAAUGUUUUAUAUAUGACUGUAUUUAUUUUACUGUUGACAAAUGUUUUAUAUAGUCAGUGACUAUACUUUUAAUUGCAAUACUCCCCAUAGCAAACGCUCAUACUAUGUCCAACACAGUAACAUUUUAUAUCGUUUACAUUUGAACAUCAUACACUCUCAGUCUGUAAGCCUUGCUCGAGAAAAAUAAGCUAGCUUGGCUAUAUAAAUAUCUUCAUCAUCAACGAGGUAGUACGGUAAAAUCUAUAUAUCCUUUAAAACUAAAGUUGCAUAUUUUAAUCUUUAUCAAGCAUAAAUUAUUUUUUAUGUUUCAAAUAUAAAUAUCCUAUACACA